AUGCGUCCAGAGUUGAAAAACACCUGGACUCCUGGAAUCAAUGUCUUAACUUGGUUUAUGCUGGUGACAGCUAUUCUGAGUGUCUUGACACGUCUAGGGACAAAAUACUUCAUUUUUCGAAAGUGGACGUUUGAUGAUGGCCUCGCCUCUGCUUCGUUGGCGCUCUGUAUCGCGCAGUCAAUUGCUGUCUCGGUAGCGACAGCGCAUGGACUUGGACAACAUCGUAACAUGUUGUCUGAUCUUACACUCGAAACUAUAAUGAAGGCCGAGUACGCCGCAACCAUUCUAUUCAUCGCCAGCAUUUGUUUCUCUAAACUAUCGCUUUUGGUCUUCAUCCGCAACUUGACUCCCGCGUCCUUGGAUCGCCGAUUUGCGCUCGUGUUGGGAAUAUCGAUCGGACUGUGGACUAUUGUUAGCAUUUUCACGGCUGCAUUCCAAUGUGGUGUACCGCAGACAUGGAAUUAUCUCUAUGGGAGUUGUUUCGACCGAGGUGCAUGGUGGAAUUACCUCGGCAUCACGAAUAUCUUGACAGAAGCCGGGAUAAUGAGCCAGGCACUAUUAGUUAUCGUUCGCAUCCAGACCGAUUUCAGCAGAAAGGCUAGUCUGUCUAGCGUGUUCUUGAUCCGAGUUAUCGUUAUUAUCGCGAUUAUUUGCCAACUCGCUUACGCCAGUCAACUACAUUCCUCCUCCGAUUCCACCUUUGAGAGCUGGGCCGUCGCUGUUUCCACUCAAGUAGCUCAAACCUUGAGCAUUGUCACAGCCUGUUCUCCCCAGUUCAAACCUUUCUUGGAUAAUCUGCGAUCAUCAGGAAUGGGAUUGGGUAUGACGAGUUCCAACUACGGGAGCAAACAUCGGACAUAUGCUGUUAGCACAUUUAAAAAUUCUCGUCGGAUGCAGGGAACGCAAGGAAGUGAAACUCACGAACUAGUGUCGAUGCCCCACCAAGGGACGGAGACGGUAGUGACAUCCACCCGGGAAGACGAUAAUGAAAGCCAGUCCAGUCAAUCUCGCAUAAUUAUGGAGACACGGACUUGGACCGUGACUGGAGGGGUACAGAGCUGA